UUAAGCAUCUUUUGCUCUCCACAUCAGUCGCGGUCUAUACUCGCGAACAAUUAACCGGACAAGAGUUUAAGUCAAUUUAGCGCGCCUUCCAGCAGCCCGUCAUCAAAAGCGAAGACGCACAGUCGUUCGACUUCAUUCUGAAGGGAUUUUCGAGACUUCUUCACGGUUCCAUCUAUGUUCUUUCUGUUAAUAUACUGUAGUUUCAUACCUGAAGGCAAAUAUGUUGGAAGCUGCGUUUGUGUUUAGCAUCGUCUGCAUGGCAUUGCCAGGAGUUUUGGGAAAUGUGUGGUCGGUGUCUUUCCCCAUCAAAGAGUCCUGCGUUUGGGCUGGAACGACAACUACGCUGCCAUGUAGGUACGAGUAUCCCAGCGGGUUCACGGUAACGAACGUGAUGUGGUUCCGUCUCACUGUUGACGGCAAGAGGGAGUUUGUUAUUCACACCGAUCAGAACCUGGUGAGCCCCACCUACAAGGGCAGGACUCGGUACACGGGUAGCUACAAGACGUGCAAUCUACAGAUCACUAAUAUCAGGAGCACCGACAGCGGGCUGUACCACUUCAGGUUUGAGACAGACCGCUGGCAAGGCAAAUGGACCUCAGCUGACGCAGCAACCCUUUCCAUUACAGAGCUUCAAGUAGAAGUCCAUCCAGCUAGAACUGAAAACAGGUUUGCGUCCGGAGAGACUGUUUAUCUGAGAUGCAUUGCGAGGGGAUGUGCAGCGUCGGGGAAGACAUUUGCGCUCUACAGGAACGGAGUGAACUUGGGGCCGGCCAAUAACUGGUUCACAAUUUAUAAUUUUGACCAACAACACGCAGGCACGUUCACCUGCCGUAUUCUCCCCCAGCGGAUACAGUCCCCGGGCAUCACGCUGGGUGUUGGCCAUGCUCCGCGAUCGACGUCGGUCACGGUAAGCCCGCCGGGCGCGAUAAUGGCGGGCAGCUCCGUGACCCUCUCUUGCCGCAGCAGCGGCGAGCCUCCGGUGGAGAGCUAUGCCUGGUUCAGAGAUCGCCAGAGCGGCAGCCUGCCCGACAGCUUCAAGCCCCAGCUUUACCUGAGGAAGACGAGGCCCUCUGACUUUGGGCUGUACUACUGCGUAGCCAGGAACUCCCUGGGCUUCGAGAGGUCCAGCCCCGUCCUGCUCAACAUCACCUACGCGCCGACGGGGACCGAGGCGCUGGUCAGCCCGGUCAGCGGUGACAUCACGGAGGGCUCGUCGGUGAACCUGACCUGCCGCAGCAGCGCCAACCCGCCGGUGACGCGGUACGCCUGGCACCAGGUCUCCGGCGCCCGCUCCUGGAGCAGGGGGUCCCUGCAGAACCUCAGCUUCCCCAGCGUCCGAGCCCAUCACGCCGGCCGGUACUACUGCACCGCGUGGAGCCCCCUCGGGCAGGAGGCCUCCGUCCCCGUCGGCCUGCCCGUGCUGUACGCCCCCAAGAACACUUCGGUGUCAGCGCGGCCGUCCAGCGAAAUCGACGCGGGCACCUCGGUCACCCUGACCUGCAGCAGCAACGCCAACCCCGCCGUGGAGAACUACACCUGGUUCAGGGUCGAUGAAGCUGAGGCGUGGGUAACCCGAUCGGGCCCCAGCUACACCAUCGCUGAGGUCAGCCCCGGGGAGGGGGGGCGCUACUACUGCCAGGCCCGUAACCGGAUCGGGGCACACAGCUCGCCCAUCCUCACCGUCCGGGUGCGAGGCAGGCUGAAAGUGAUCGCAUUGGCUUCUGCUGUGGGCGUGUCCGCCGGUCUCAUCACACUCACCGUGAUGGUCAUGAUCAGUAAGAACAUGCACAGGGUUGACACUGAGUCUGCUGAAGAAGACAAGCAGGUGGAGUUAAUACAACGGACAUCCUCGUCAUCAGGGGACACAAUGUUUCUUGAGACACUUCAAGAGACGUUUCAGGCGAGAUCCACAAAGAUGACAGACAUACCAGAGGAGCCGGAGGAUGUGUAUGAGAAUGUGCACGAGAAUGUGCAUCCCUGCAUCGUCCCCAUAAAGGAUGUGACUCAGAACCCAGAGGCAGAUGGCCCUCUCAACUACAUCACAGUUCAUUUCUCCCAGAGGUUCAGCCACGAGCAAAUUCCUGCCACAAAAACACCAUCAGAUGGAGAAAAAGAGUCUAGGAACGCCUCUGAUGUCAUCUACACAGCUGUGGCCAGGCCCAGUCAUUUGUAGAGAUGCUGUAUGUGUGGGUCCUGCUCAGAUGAAUGACUUUGUGUCCCCUGCCUGCAAAUUCGUCCUGCUCAUCAGAUGCAUUGAAGGGCGUGACAUUUUAAUUCAACUCACAUCUUCGCACGGACUUUCAGUUUUGACAUUCUGUUGUCCCAAUUCAAUACCUAGCUGCUAUUAAUAUACUUGGCCAUGAAAUAUAUGACUCAACUCACUUCACUAUUAACAGACUAAUUUAAUAAAUACUUCUGUUCAUAGAAAAUGUCUGAUUUUGGAGUUUCUCUUUUGCUGGUGGUUUAAAGUGAGAGGCGUAGAACUGAACUCCACUUAACAGGCUAUAUUAUGAGGUAGCGCUGAGAGGCAAACACUGUGAAAAAUAUUUUAAUAUUUCAAUGAUUUAUGGCCAGGUUAUAACGGUUGUAUGACAACAGGCGGUCUUUAAGUUGCAUGCUAUUUCCAUGUUAAAAAGCUGUAUGUAAAUAAAGCGGAGGAAGGCUUGUAUUCUUUGAUACCCCCUUCAUGAGAAAAGCUGGUUUAUGUUUAAUUUGCUCCCACACUGUGAUAGAAACAAACUUGUGCCAGAAAUAAAAUGGUGUUUGUGUUUAAAUAUAACUGUAAU